UUUUAUUCACUCGUAUGAUAUAAAUUCCUUAUGCAAACCAACAACUUUCAUAGAUUAAAAUUGCCGAAAGUUAAAUAACUAAUAUUGACAAGAAUAUCAUAAGAGUAUUGCAACUAUUCUCUAUUACUGGAUAGUUGGACAUGGAUAUUGAAAAUAUAAGUAAUCAAAAUUUUAAUCCAAGGACUUGAAUUAUCAGAUAACUCUAAUUUUUAUCCAGAAGCGUUAUUCACUUAUCUAAAAUCUUUCACUCCAAAUACCCUUCAAAAUUCAAAUCAAUCUAAAUAAAAAUUUUUCGAUUUCUCAGUAAAUUAAAAAUAUGUAUUUAGGAUCUUUAAACUUCAGCCCCAUUAAUAAUUAAUAUAAUUAACAGUUCAAAAGACGGAAUCAUUCAAUUUUAAACCUUAUAAUCAUUUUUCAAUGAUUUUUCUUAAACACCAAUAAAUAUCAACCAAAUUAAAUGCUUAGAAAGAAUAUAUCAUGUUAAUUAAUAUGCAUUCUAAUAAGACUAAGCAAUUGACUCACUUAACAAUGAAUAUCCACUGCCAUAAGAUGUCACUCCAAUUUCUAAAAAUAAAUAACCUUAAAUUUAGGGUACAUCAAAGGUACCAUUAGCUAAAUAAGAAAGUCUAGAAAAAGUGAAUUCUGGAGAAGGAUUUAAUUAUUCUACUUUCAAGAAACUUAUAUUAUCCUAGUCCAUUCCUAUGGCUAAGUAAAAAGCCCAAAAAAGAAAACUCAUUUAUGAAACGAAUUAAUAGCAGAAAGUUCAUAUUGAUGUCUUAAAAUAAUUUGCAAAAUUAAUAUAAUAUGAAUUAGAGUUAUAAGAUAAAUCGGAACAAAUUCGAUUGCAAUUAAAUACUGAUAAGGCUUAUAAUCAUGUUGGAAUGUUUAAUAUCUUGGAUGCUCAUGGUAAUGGAGAAAUAGAGUUCUAAUAUAUCGAAUAGUUGAUGAAUAAAGCUUAAAUUCCAUUUAAACCAUAAGCAUUUAAGGCCUUAGUUAGAAGAACCAACUUAUUGAGUAAUAAUAAUUCUCUAUCUGAAUGUAUGGUUUUUGAAGGCUUCCGCUUAUUGACAACAGUUUAAAAUCCAUACUUUAAAAUUCCAAAACCUGAAGUCGAAACACUACCUUCUAACAUAGAAUAUUCAAGGAUAUUGGGUGCAGAAGUGACUGGUCAAAAUUCUUCUUAAUUAUCCAUCUCAAGAAUUCCUGAUAAACUCAAAAAUUCUACUCAAAAUUAUAGAUCUAAGCCAAUUAUCCCCUUAUAUAAUAGCAGCAACCCUUAUGUAAAUGAGACACUCAAAAAGCAAAGCAAAAUUUACGACAGUUAAAAAUAACAUUAUGAUACAAUAUAAAAUGAUUAUGUAAUGCUGAUUAUUUAACCUUAGAUUGUUUAUGGAACUAAAAGAGAAUGGGAGGAACUGCAACAUUCAAUGAAUUCAGGGGUGCUUAUUGAUACUCAAUCAUUAAAGUCAUAAAUUCAACGAAUUUAGAAUUCUUAAAUUAAUGUCUCCUCAAAUGGAUCGAACAGCAAAGUUCAUGUUUAAUAAUAGAAAACUGAAAUACAGUAAAUUUAAUAAUAAGCUCUUCAAGAAGAUUUAGAAAGAAGAAGAAAUCAAGAUUUGUCAAAAUAAUUAUAACAUGCUAUGAAUGCCAAUACAAAAGGAUAUUAUUCAAAUCUUGUAAAAAUUGAGAAGGAGUCAUAUAAUAAUGAGGAUUAAAAUUAAUUUGUUGUGUAAGCACCAUGGUAUUAAAACGAUAUGAAAAUCAAUAAAAAUGUCAAUCUUAUUAAGUAACAACAAGAGGAAAUUCACAAAUUUUCUGGUUUAAAUUAGCCAAAAACUGCUUCCAUAAAUUAAAGCUAACAAAAUUUAUAAAACAAUUCCUCUAAGUUGCCUCCAAAAGUUCCUAAAAAAGAAGGAGUUUAAACAAAUAUUUAACCAUUACAACAAUAACAAAAUAACUAAUAAGAAUAACCUGCUUAAUCUUAAAUGAUCUCCUAAUAAGAUGUUUCUCCUAUAAAAUCUAGAAUUUUUUCAUCAUAAAAAUAAAAUCCUUUGAUAUAUCAAGAUAAUUUACAAUAAAAAAUUAUGGAUUAUAAAUGCGAUAUCCCAACCAGAUAAUUUGAAUAUUAAAACUGA